GAAAGCAUACACAAACAGACGUCGAACUCUCUAAUGAUGGUGUCUUUUGCUGCGAAUGACAAUUUAAACGGGGUUUAUGUUGUACUUUGACGGUGAUAAUGAUUUCUGUAAGCUACAUCCUGCUAGGUGGACAGUUCCUCUUGUUAGUUACAGUAAUUCUUUUACAAUGUUUGGAAGGGAUCCAUUCCCAAAACUCGUCGACCACCGAUACAGCUACCGCAUCCCCUGGUCCUGGCUCGACGGUUCUUCCUUUCUCCGAGCAGACCUCCGAAACUGUAAAAUAUGAAAUCCCAGUGGAAAGUACGAAUUAUACAGACGCAUUCGAGUACAAGGCUUUGUCACCAGUCGUCCUCUGCAGUUAUUUGCCAGAGGAGUUCAUCUACUGUCAGGACCCUGUGGAUCAUGCUGGAAAUCAUAGCGCCUUACUGGAGAUGGGCCAUGGCUGUGUAGGGUGGGGAGGCCAGACUCAGAAAGAAGUGAACCACACACCAGUUGUCUGCACUGCACUUGAUGACAUUGAAUGUGCUGGCCCCAGAGAAUUCCUGAGGGGGAAAGUACCCUGCAUCAAAUAUACCGGACACUAUUUCAUCACCACUCUGCUGUACUCCUUCUUCCUCGGUUGUUUCGGGGUCGAUCGUUUCUGCCUGGGCCACACAGGGACAGCGGUGGGGAAGUUGCUCACACUUGGAGGUCUGGGAAUCUGGUGGUUCGUGGACUUGAUCCUGCUUAUUACUGGUGGCUUGAUGCCUAGUGAUUAUAGCAACUGGUGCACUUACUACUGACCAGGAGAGCAAUCCCUAAAGUUGGACAUUUCUCCAUUACAUAUAGUGCACGUUUAAGAGAACUCCUGAAAUAUCAGAGAUCUCAGGCUGCUCUCCUACCAAGCAGACCUCCUGCAAGGUUACCUGGGAAAACAAAAACAUACAUCUGUACUUCUUGUGCUUCUCUCACCAGAAAACAAGCAAAUCAAGAACAAACAUUGAAUCAUCCCUGCUUUCAAAUAAUUUUAACGUUUGACCAAGGAGACCACAAAAUUUGACACAUCAGAGAAAAGUCUUGUUUAAGGCGGACAAUUAAUUCAUGAAUGAAUAAAAAAAGUAAUGUGAAAUCGGUCUUCAGAAUUGUCAAGAAUUGAGGCAUUUUUUAAAAUCUUGCAACGCUGUGGGUGUAUUACUUUUAAUUGUCAAUGGAAUACGUGCCUACUCCCGUCACUCCUUAGCGGGGAGAGGAGAAUUCCCAGUGAAGGACAUUGCACACGCUCUCCUGAGCUGCAAAGAAGCAGCCUCUGAGGUGGCAUGAUGACCAUAAGCCACACUGCCAAGACAAUUUUCCCUCAUUUGAAAUUCAUCAGGACAGUGUGCUGCUGUGGCCGCCGAAGGGUUCACCAUAAGCGUCCACAGUAGCGCAAAGAUUGAUGGCCAAUUGCACACGCUACUAUGGGUCAGGUUGAAAAUGAAUAAUAAUGAAAGUAUAUAGUGGGGGAGAGUUUCAUGCGAGAAAAUAUAUGCCCCAGCCCACUGUCAUCACUGGUCUAGCUUUUCGCCCCACCCCAAAAAAAUCAGACCAACUGACGCUAUAUAAAAAUUCAGUACUACAUUGUUCUGUCUUUACACGUUUGCAGCACUUACUCUCAAACACAUUUAAUGUAUUUAGAAACAAAACAUGAUAAUGACUUUCAUUCAACUUUAACUUCCAUCAUUUCUGCUACACUGACCCACUUGAAUACGUAAUAAAAUUGUGAAUUGUUUGGUUUCAGCCUAAGAUACAGCAAUUAUCAAUUUGAUGCAAAAGUUUUUCUUUAUUCCCUUGUCAAUUGUUGGUUAUUAUUUUUGAAAAUAAUGUGCAAUGAACAUUACGUGGGCUACGGGUUUAAUGUCUCAUUGUUAUUGAGACAUUAAAUGCAGACGGCAUUAAUUUUUCCUUUAGAGUAGGCAUAAGCUACUAAGUGUUAAACAAAGCCAACAGAAUUAUCAGCAGCAAUGCAUUUCUUUACUGUUUAUUUAGCCUAAUUAAUCAUAUCUGCAAUAUUUUUCAACGUGUUGUAUAUAAUUUUUUUAAACUCGUUAAAACAUCUUAUGAGCAAGUGGGAAAAUACUUUCUGGUUAUGGUGUGUUCUUGAGCUGUAACAAUGUGGUGUACAUAAAACACAAGACAAUUAUGAAUAAAAUAUUCUUAGAA